GGAGCAAGAACAUGAUACUGUGGUGGACAGCCGUGGUAUGGACGUUGCUGAUCACUUCUGGCGACGCUCUCGACUGGUACGAAGAGCCCGCGAGGCCUCUUAAUGAAGACAUCUUCUAUCAGAAUUACAAUGUGGAGGCGGGUCCGCGCGCGCUGGUUCCAGUGGAGGACGGCAACAAAGACAAGGUGGACGAGAUGGGCCGCGCUAUGCUGCUUUACAAGAUCAUGCAGAGUCUGAAGCUGAGCAGGGGUGUCGCCGGACAGUACUACAGACCGAACCCUGAUACCAUCGAUUACGUAGACGUGGACCAAACACCAAUGAACAUGGACAUCAAGGUGGCGAAGCGGAUGGCCAAGGCCGCGCAGCCCGAUGAUACGAAGAAAAUGAAGACCAGCGGACAGACACCAACUCCCACCAAGGUGAAACCAACACGGGUUCCUGUUAUGUGCUACUUCAAGCUUUGCUCCUACCGUGUCACGUGGUAAUUGACAGUCACACCUCGAUUUUCUACACAUUACUUGAGCAUACUUAAAUUAAAAAUGAUAAUAAAUUUUAACUUAGCUGGUUCUAUAACUACCACAUUAUGUAUUAAGUUAGUGUCUAUAUUAUAUA